CAGCUAUUCCCUCCGUCCCGGUUUAUUUGUUACCUUUUUAAUUUUUUGAGAGCGUUUGACCUCUCAAAGAAUUGAUUAUAAUUUUCAAUUCGUAAUAUUUUUAAUACGCAAUAUGAAUUUUAUUUGAUAGAUCUUUUAUUAUACAAAAUUUUCAAAUCAUAAAAAACAUUAUAAAUUGUAAAAUAUAAGUAUAUUUUUGAAAAAUAUGUAUUUUGACAAUUGAACAAAUAAAUUGGGACGGAGUGAGUAACAAACAUGAGCUCUCAGAAAUCAAUAUCGAUACAGCUUUCGAGAUGGUCCUCGGAUCUCCACUGGCGGGUCAUCCUCCUCCUCCUCCUCCCCCCUCUCUCUCUCCUCGUCUUCCUCUCUCUCUCCUCCUCCCCUCCCAUAACCGCCUUCCGCUCCUCCCUUCCCUCUUUUGCCCCUCUCCAAUCCUUCUCUUACACCCCUGCCCCGGCCCCUCCUCAACCAAUUUACAGGGCUCGUAACAGCACGACGAGUGGUGGCCAGCCGGCGGCCGACCGGUCGGGGAAAACCGAGUUGGGCCGGUCCAGGAUGGCGGUGUGUUUGGUGGGUGGGGCCAGGAGGUUUGAACUCACCGGGCCCUCUAUCGUCGAGAGGAUUCUGAAAGUUUAUCCGAAUUCAGAUCUCUUCUUGCACAGCCCCUUGGACACGAGUGCGUUUAAAUUCUCCCUCCUGAGGACUGCGCCGAGGAUCGCCGCCGUGCGGAUAUUCGAGCCCAAGCCCAUCCCCGAGACCGAGUCGCAGGCCCGAGUUCUCACACCCGGCGGCUCACCCAAUCGCAUUCAGGGACUCUUGCAAUAUUUCCACCUCGUAGAAGAAUGCCUGACGAUGAUCAAAGCGUACCAGGCCCAAAACAACUUCACAUACGACUGGAUAGUCCGAACCCGAGUUGACGGAUACUGGUCAGCUCCACUCGGGCCCAAAAACUUCGUCCCUGGCCAAUAUGUGGUCCCACCAGGCUCAUCAUACGGUGGACUCAACGACCGGUUGGGAAUCGGCGACUUCAUAACCUCCACUGUGGCCCUCUCCCGCCUCUCCCUCAUCCCCUUACUCGACUCGGCAGGGUUCCGUCAAAUCAACUCGGAAAAAGCCUUCCGAGCCCAACUCACCACCAAUAACGUCUCCUACAUCACCAAACCCGUUCCUUUUUGCGUAGUGUCUGACCGGCGAUACAAAUUCCGACCUGGUAGGCGUGGCGUUCCGGUGGUGGCAUUGUCGAGCCCAGGUCCGUUGAACGGGGCCAAGUGUAGGCCGUGCACGGCAGCGUGUUAUGGCCGGUGCGUGGGGAGCGCGAAGGAUCCGUUAUGGGCCAACGGGGCCCUUCAGUUGUGCGAUGCCCGCGGGGAAUGGGAAAAGGGGUGGGAGAGUGUGUUCGAUAAAGCUUCUGGGAAGAAGCUCGCGGCGGCGAGGAAGCGGGUUAGGGGGUUGAAGUUGAAGCAGUGUGUGGAUGAUUUUGAGAAUAUGAAGGGGAGGGCGGGUAAUUGGGACGCGCCGGCGGCGGUAGAUAUUUGUAGACUCGGAUUGGGAUCAUAACAGGGGAAUAUGUGUACUUUUAGGUUCUUUCAAAUUAUUUUAAAAUUAUUAAACGGCUCGAUUAAUUAUUUGUAAACGUUUUUAAAAUUUAUUUUAGAAUUAUUAACUACUCGAAUUGUUUGUAAACGACGAAUGCAGUAAUCCAUUUACAAUUUGUUGUCCGAAAA